UUUGCAGGCUACGUAUUUUGUGAAUUCCUUACAAAAAAAAAUUGGUACUGGGAUCCAAUCUAUGGACUUAUGUGAAAUACAUGAUGUACCACUGAGCUACAUCUGCAGCCCUGGAGAAUGUUCUUGAGUUUGGACUGUUCUGAUAUUUUAUGUGCUCUAUGCCCAGGUCUCUGUGGCUGGGCUGCUCCAGCCUGGCGGACAGCAUGCCUUCGCUGCGAUGCCUGUAUAACCCAGGGACUGGCGCCCUCACAGCUUUCCAGAAUUCCUCAGAGAGAGAAGACUGUAAUAAUGGCGAACCCCCUAGGAAGAUAAUACCAGAGAAGAAUUCACUUAGACAGACAUACAACAGCUGUGCCAGACUCUGCUUAAACCAAGAAACAGUAUGUCUAGCAGGUACUGCUAUGAAGACUGAAAAUUGUGUGGCCAAAACAAAACUCGCCAAUGGCACUUCCAGUAUGAUUGUGUCCAAGCAACGGAAACUUUCAGCAAGCUAUGAGAAGGAAAAAGAACUGUGUGUCAAGUAUUUUGAGCAGUGGUCAGAGUCUGAUCAAGUGGAAUUCGUGGAACAUCUUAUAUCCCAAAUGUGUCAUUACCAACAUGGGCACAUAAACUCCUAUCUGAAACCUAUGUUGCAGCGGGACUUCAUAACUGCUCUGCCAGCUCGGGGUUUGGAUCACAUUGCUGAGAACAUUCUGUCCUAUUUGGAUGCCAAAUCCCUGUGUGCUGCUGAGCUUGUGUGCAAAGAGUGGUACCGAGUGACGUCCGACGGCAUGCUCUGGAAGAAGCUCAUCGAGAGAAUGGUCCGGACAGAUUCUCUGUGGAGAGGCCUGGCAGAGCGAAGAGGGUGGGGACAGUAUUUAUUCAAAAACAAACCUCCUGAUGGCAAUGCUCCUCCCAACUCUUUCUAUAGAGCACUUUAUCCUAAGAUUAUACAAGACAUCGAGACCAUAGAAGCUAACUGGAGGUGUGGAAGACACAGCUUACAGAGAAUCCACUGUAGAAGUGAGACGAGCAAAGGAGUUUACUGUUUACAGUAUGAUGACCAGAAAAUAGUAAGCGGCCUUCGAGACAACACCAUCAAGAUCUGGGAUAAAAGCACAUUGGAAUGCAGGCGAGUUCUCACAGGCCACACGGGUUCUGUCCUGUGUCUCCAGUACGACGAGAGGGUCAUCGUAACUGGAUCAUCGGAUUCCACAGUGAGAGUGUGGGAUGUGAAUACAGGUGAGAUGCUGAACACAUUGAUUCACCAUUGUGAAGCAGUCCUGCACCUGCGUUUCAAUAACGGAAUGAUGGUGACAUGCUCCAAAGAUCGUUCCAUCGCCGUUUGGGAUAUGGCCUCCCCGACUGACAUCACCCUCCGGAGGGUGCUGGUCGGACACCGAGCAGCUGUCAACGUUGUAGACUUUGAUGACAAGUACAUUGUCUCUGCAUCUGGGGAUAGAACUAUAAAGGUGUGGAACACAAGUACUUGUGAAUUUGUAAGGACCCUGAAUGGACACAAGAGAGGCAUCGCCUGUUUGCAGUACAGAGACAGGCUGGUGGUGAGCGGCUCAUCCGACAACACCAUCAGAUUAUGGGACAUAGAAUGUGGUGCAUGUUUACGAGUGUUAGAAGGCCAUGAGGAAUUGGUUCGAUGCAUUCGGUUUGAUAAUAAGAGGAUCGUCAGCGGGGCCUACGACGGAAAGAUAAAAGUAUGGGAUCUGUUGGCUGCUUUGGACCCCCGCGCUCCUGCAGGGACUCUCUGCCUGCGCACCCUUGUGGAGCACUCUGGAAGAGUCUUCCGACUCCAGUUUGAUGAAUUCCAGAUCGUCAGUAGUUCACACGAUGACACCAUCCUCAUCUGGGACUUCCUCAAUGACCCGGCGGCCCAGGCCGAGCCCCCCCGCUCCCCCUCACGAACGUACACCUACGUCUCCAGAUAGACGCCCCGGACCUCGCUUGCCCAGGACUCGUUAAGUUGCCAUAUUUAAUGUAUCUGCGAAGACCAGGACAGACAACAACAGCAACACUCAAACGCCUGCUGGACCCCUGGACCUGCGAGGAGCAGGGCGUUGAGACUCCUGGUGGGACACACUUGGUCUGCAGCUGACCAGGACAGUCUGCCAGGCGUGGCAAGCCGCUUCAGUGCUGCUACCGGAAGACGUCUUCUGUCCCGAGUGAACGAUGGGAACUUUCGCUCCUCCCCUCCCCUCUCCUUUCCCUCACUCCGGUUCCUCCCCCACUGGGUUCUAGACAGAGAUGACUUAUAAAUAUAUUUAGUGUUUGGA